GCGGGAACCCACUCAUACUACCUUACUACUACUACCCGCAACCAAUCAUCCACACCUCCGUCUCUCUCUUCCACCUCUCAACCCUCACAUCUAAACUCCUUUCUGAGUCAUAAUCCCAUUAUCUAAACAACCACCACCUCCAAAAUUCCAAAAAUGUCGGACUCCAAACAGUCCCUCCUCAACUUCUCCCCCGCGGACCCCUCCGACCCUCCCCCGGCCUACGAUCCCACCGGCACCACCCCCCAGUCAACAAAACGCCUCUCUCUCCCGCGCCCACCACCGCUCAACCUUCCCGUCCUCACCACCCUGCGCUCCCAGCGCGUGAUCCUCGCCUCCGCCUCCCCGCGGCGCCGGCAGAUCCUCUCGCAACUGGGCCUGCCGAACCUAGAAGUCAUCCCGUCCAACACUCCCGAAGACUUCCCAAAAACGAUGGAGCCGUUCGAGUACGUGCUGGCGACGGCGACCGAGAAAGCGCAGGCCGUGUACCGGCAGGAGAUCCAGAACGAGGCGCGCGGGGAGCCGGGGUUGAUUCUGGCGGCGGACACGAUCAUCGUGGACACGAGCGCCGGGCGGAUCCUGGAGAAGCCGCGGUCGGAGGCGGAUCAUUGGGCGAUGCUGCGGGCGCUGCGCGACGCGGGCCACCAUAAGGUGUACACGGCGAUGUGCGCGAUGGCGCCGCUGGUGAGCGCGCGCGACCCUGGGUAUGCGCUGGAGACGGCGCUGGAGGAGACGGAUGUGAAAUUCGAUCAGGGGGUCUCGGAUGAGAUGCUGUUGGCGUAUGUCAAGACGCGCGAAGGGGCGGAUAAGGCCGGUGGGUAUGGGUUGCAGGGGCUGGGGUCCAUUCUCGUGGAGAGGAUCGAGGGGAGCUGGGAUAAUGUGGUCGGGUUGCCGCUCAGGGCAGCGUUGCAGUUGAUGGAGAGGGUGGUGGCCAAGGCGGAUGAUGAUGAUCGGUUGUCGGGUGGGGAGGAGGAUUUGUCGGAAGAUGAGGAGGAGUAAGGAUUUGUUCGUUUGGUGUGUCUGUCUUGUCUUGACUUUCGUUGGGCUUGCCACUUCUAUUCUACCCUGCCAGCUCCGGGUUUAGGGUGCUGGCUGGUUAUUGGAUAUUCGAGACAUCUACACAUCACCCCGUCUUCUAAGGUCAGGCCAUGCAGUUCAUAUCUAGCGCUGGGCGUUUGGAUAAAAUAGAGAGAGAUUCAACCCGCAGAAGCAACACAUACUUAACAGAAUAUC